AUGGUACACAAACAUGCCUUUGAAGCUUUAGAUAGGACGAUGACCGACGUAUUUUCGGAAGGUAGGAGUAUUCGUUCGGAUAUUCCUUUUGGAGGUAAAGUUAUUGUAUUUGGUGGUGACUUUAGACAAAUCCUACCUGUUAUUCCUAAUGGUACUAGACAAGAAAUUAUCAGUGCAUUUUUAAGCUCUUCAUACAUAUGGUCAAAAUGCAGACUGUUACGGCUGACUAAAAACAUGCGUCUAACUAUUGGAGCUGAAAGUUCAAAUAUGGAGUCUAUCAGAGAAUUUGCAAAAUGGCUUAUUGAUAUUGGUGAAGGAACCGUUGGAGAUGAUAAUGAUGGUGACGCCAUUAUAGAGAUACCAGAUGAUCUACUAAUCACCGAUAUUUGUGACCCGAUACAAAGUUUAAUUGACUUUGUAUAUCCUUCAAUUAUUGAACAAUCUAGGAUUCCUGGAUUUUUUCCGGAGCGAGCAAUUCUAGCACCCAAAAAUGAGGUAGUUCAUGAAAUUAAUGAUCGAUUGCUUUCGUUAUUUCCUGGUGAUGCGAAAGAGUAUCUGAGUUCUGAUAGUAUAUGUCAAACUGAACAAAUUCUUUAUUCUUUUCAAGAAAGCUUAUACUCAACAGAAAAUCUGAAUGCUCUUAAGAUUUCUGUCUUGCCUAAUCACAGAUUAGUUCUUAAAGUUGGUGUUCCUGUGAUGCUUCUUCGAAACAUUGAUCAACAGAAAGGGUUAUGUAAUGGUACAAGGCUUCAAAUUACUUUUCUUGGUAAACGAGUUAUAGAAGCUGAAGUAAUAUCUGGUGGUUUUAUGAUGUAUACCACAUUUGUCAAGUUUCUUGAUAACCCAGAAUCUUUGAAACUGGAGGAUUUGGUUUUACGGUAA